AUGCUUCAAUGGAACGAUGAAAAAGUGUAUUACAUUCAAAUGGAGUUAUGUCCCGAUAGUCUGCAUAAUAUUCUUCAAAACAAACCACAAGUAUUUGGUCGACAACCGGGAGAACCCAUGAAUUCAAUCGAGUUUUACAUUUCGUGUCAUAUAUUCAAAGAGAUCUUAGAAUGCGUUCAAUAUUUACAUGAAUUGAAUCCUCCGNAUAUAUUCAAAGAGAUCUUAGAAUGCGUUCAAUAUUUACAUGAAUUGAAUCCUCCGGUCAUUCAUAGAGACCUUAAACCCGACAAUAUAUUAGUGACGAAGACUGUAAGGAACGGCAGAUAUUUAAAAGUGGCUGAUUUUGGGUUGGCGUCACUGCACACCAGGUCUUCUGGAAGUCAUACUACAGGAGUGGGAACCCUUAAAUACAUGGCACCGGAAGUUAGACUGCAAACUAAAUAUACACCCAAAGCAGAUAUUUAUAGCCUGGCAAUCAUUGCACACAAAUUAUUUAAUUUGAAUGAUUCUAAUUCCCCUGUAGAGUUGAAUAUUUACUCGGGAUAUGAAAUAUACGACAAAUUCAUAAAAUUGGAUCAAAACAUAGACUCGAUGUGUGUUCCCAUUUAUAGCACUCGACCCGAGUGUUCACAA